AUGGGCGACAUAGGUGAAAGCAUGGAUUUUGACUUGGUCAUAAAGAAUGCCACCAUCGUUACAGCCACCGAGGUCCUCCAACCAGGUCUCUCAAUCGGCAUUAAGGACGGCAUUAUCGUCGCUAUCGCUCUCUUUCUUCCCACUGGACGAGCGACCGGAAUUAUCGAUGCAGAAGGAGCUUAUGUGACUCCUGGCGGUGUCGACUCACACGUGCACUUACACCAAGACAAUGCUCCUACUGGUGACAAAUGGCUCACAGGAUCCCGCUCCGCGCUGGCUGGCGGAAACACGACGAUCCUCGCGUUUGCAUCGCAACGAAGGACAGACGAGUCAUUGUUCCCUGUGGUGGAAGAGUACCACAACCGCGCCGACGGCCAAAGCUACGUCGACUAUGGCUUCCAUUUGAUCCUAACGAAGCCUACGGAGAAGAUCCUCCAGAACGAGCUGAAAGCCAUGGUCGACCAGGAAGGCAUCACGAGUGUAAAGCUCUAUAUGACAUAUCCGGCCAUGAAACUCGGCGACGGUCAUAUGCUUGAGAUCAUGAUGCAAGCGAGAGAACUCGGCGUGACGACCAUGAUCCACGCCGAAAAUAGCGAUAUGAUAGAUAUGAUAACAACCCGCCUGCUCCGUGCAUCCCGCACGUUGCCCAAAUACCACGCCAUCGCCCGCCCUCAGAUCGCCGAAUCCGAAGCCACCCACCGCGCCAUCUCCCUGUCCACACUCACCUCUACACCCAUCCUGAUAGUCCACAUGUCCUCCCCCGUUGCACUAUCGCACGCACGCAAAGCUCAGUCAAAGGCACUCCUGCCCGUCCACGCUGAGACUUGUCCACAUUAUAUGUACCUCCUCUCAUCUGCUUUGGCCGCAACAUCUAUACCCGCAAGCCUGACCACCCAUUCCCACUCCGACUCCCACGACGACGAUCAGCACGUCCAUGACGAGUGGGCCGGUGCAAGACACGUCUGCGCCCCGCCUCUGCGGCACUCUGAGGCCGAUCUCCAAUCCGUUUGGGACGCCGUGAACAACGGGACCAUCACCGUAAUCUCAUCCGAUCACGCGCCGACAUUGUACAACUCCCCUGGCGGGAAACGCAAACCCCUCGUCGACGCCGCGGCGUCAAAGACUGUCCCAACAUUCGCGCAGAUCCCCAACGGUCUACCGGGCAUUGAGACACGACUUCCCAUCCUCUUCAGCACGGCAACGUAUCCAAAUGCCCCGGCGGGCCGAAAACUCUCGCUCCCGCGCUUCGUCGAGCUGACCUCGACAAACCCCGCGCGCAUGUACGGCCUGGGUGGGCGCAAGGGCAGCAUAGCGCCGGGCUUCGACGCCGACCUUGUGAUCUGGUAUCCUGCCGGGCACAAGGAUAUUGAGGCUGGUCUGACCAUCACGAACGAUAUACUGCAUCACAGUAUAGACUAUACGCCGUUCGAGGGAUUUAGAGUGAAUAACUGGCCCCGGUACACUAUCCUGAGAGGCGAGGUCAAGUGGGAUCGCGACGUCGAGGUACGUGAUGGUCAUGGGAAGGGAGUGCUCGGACAGCCGAGUGAUGGGAAGUACCUCAAGAGGGGAAAGGGCGAGGUGUUGGUGGGACGAUUGGGACAGACGCCGCCGGGCAUGAAGGGGGGAGAGAGAGACGAUUGGAUUGUGUAUACGCAUGAGUAG